AUGUCUGGUCUCAUCAACAAGGUCAAGGACGCUCUGCACUCCGACAAGGACAAGACCCAUCAUGAGCAGCCUGAAGGCACUCACGGAACUCACAACUCUCGUGCCGCCAAUGCGGCUGACCCUCGCAUUGAUUCUGAUCGUGAUCACCGAGCCAACCCAACAUCCACCACAACUGGCGGCCUUGGUGGCUCUUCUGCUCAUACCGGACCUACUGCCGGAGGUCUUGGCCAUAACACCGGAACUGGACACACUGCUGGAGGUCUAGGCCAGUCUACCGGUGCUGGACAUACUGCCGGAGGUCUAGGCGGCUCUUCUCAUACCGCUGGAGGUCUCGGCCACAACACCGGCGCUGGACACACUGCCGGAGGUCUAGGCCAGUCUACCGGUGCUGGACAUACUGCCGGAGGUCUUGGUUCAACUGGGGGCAUUGGCCAUCGUUCUGAGAAUUUCCCUGAAGGAACCGUGGGCCCUCACAGCUCGAGAGCAGCCAACGCCGCUGAUCCCCGAGUGGAUAGCGAUUUGGAUAGCUCUCGCAGCCACGGAGCUGGAGCUGGCUUGGGAUCUCACUCUACCAACACUGGAGGCAUUCACUCCGGUAGCACUGGCCUUCCUGGCUCUACCCACGCUGGAGGCAUCCACUCCGGUAACACCGCUGGCGGUUUUGGCUCUGCCACUGGCACUGGUCACCGAUCUGAGAACCUUCCCGGAUCUACUCACUCUUCUGGCCUCCAUGGCUCCAACAACUCGGGACUUCCUGGUGCCACCCACUCCUCAGGCCUCCACGAGGGCUCCGGAGCUGGCAUUGGCUCUCACACUGGUGGUCUGAACGCUGGACACAACGCUGGAGGUCUUAACACUUACGACCAAACCACAACUGGUACCUCUGGUCUUUCCAGCCAUGGUGCUGGAGCCCAUGGACCUAACGCUGGCUUGACUGGUAGUCACGGCCCCAACUCUGGCCUAAGCGGAACCCACGGUUCCAAUGCUGGCCUGACCGGAGGUCGUGAUGCCGGUGCAGCUUACGGUAGCGGCCCAGGGCCAGCCGAAAACACUGCGGGCCCUCAUAAAUCUGAUCUUUUGAACAAGGCAGAUCCUCGUGUUGAUUCAAACCUCGACGGCAGCAAGACUGUCGGUAAGGAGAAGACUUUCGACCAGUCAGGCACAAACUUUGCCGGCCGUGACCCCACCGACGCUGCCCAAGUCCCUCCUUCUGUGUUGCAGAAGCAUGUUCCUAGUGAGAUUGCUCACGACGACCCUUCAAGCGACCACGGUCGUCGACACAGCAGUGUUAACAAGGAGCAUCACACGGGUCUGUAA